CCCUUAGCAAUCAAUCUUCUUCCUCUUAUCUCAAAAUCCCUAUCUCUAUAUAUUUUCAGUUUUCUGCUUGUUUCUUUUUCUUUACCUUUUACAUUUAUAUGUGGUUGUUAUAGUUGGAGGUUGAAGAAAGGUUACAGUGAUGACACCUCCAAACAUGGCCACUAUCACUGCUUCUUUAGAGAGGUCUCUUCAGAACUGUUCGCUGAAUCAUCAUCGGAGUAGGGGAGUUUUAGGCGUCGGAGAGAGGACUUCCAGCUCCGAUGAUACUGAUGCUGAUGCUGAAGCUGAAGCACGGGUGCCUCAGCAAAAUCAUCUUCUUCCUACUUCUGACACUACCUUGGAGCUCAACUCUCAUCUCUCUCUCCCUUACCAUUGGGAACAAUGCCUUGACUUAAAGACAGGGGAGAUUUACUACAUAAACUGGAGGAAUGGAAUGAAAGCCAAAGAAGAUCCAAGAGUAACACAAUACAAUGGGGAUUUCUACUCAGAAGAUGACAGUUCAUAUGACAGUGAGGAGUCAUCUUCAGAAUCCUCUCCUCCAUCUUCUUCAAGAGAACAUUAUCGGGUUCAGAGAGAAAACCAUGUCUUAGUUGUGGCUGGUUGCAAGAGCUGCUUCAUGUACUUCAUGGUUCCAAAACAGGUUGAAGAUUGCCCAAAAUGCAAUGGCCAACUUCUCCAUUUUGAUAGAUCUGAAAAUGGUUCUCCAUGAAUUGGAUUUCUUGUUUCUUUUGGUUUAAUCUCUAUGAUUUUAGUUUUUAAUUCAAAGAACUUGUUUGAGCCUUUGAAAUUUUUCGGAGUGUGGAAUGAUCACGAAAAUGCCCACCAAGUGGGGGUAUUAGCUAGCUAGUUUUAGUUUACUAUUAUUCCUUCACCUUGUUCUCCAUACUUCUUUUUUGCUUCUCUUCCUUCUAGCUGUUACCAUUUUCUUUUCUUUUGGGGAGCCAUUGAAGCUGCUGAGCCAGGAAGAGAGUGCCACUGGUAAGGUCAAUUCACAAGAAAGAAUAAUAUUUGAUAAUGAUGGGACGUGUACCUUUUUUAUUCUCUUCUCUCUUUUUUUUUCCUUCAUUUUUAUUUUUUUUACCUGUUAUUAGAUAAUUCAUAUGCUUUUUGAG